AUGAGAACUCAAAAUGAAUCAGAUCAAGAGAAGGGAAUAAACCAGGAAGAGCCUCGAGAGCAUGCCGGAUUCGAAAUGGCUGCCGAACCGAAUAAGACCUGUUGUUGCUGUUCACCUAGAUUUCACGUACUCGCACAAUGCAUUGUGAUCUUGAUUGUGUCGUUAAUCUAUUCUAUUAUUGGAUACAAAGACUUAUUAAUCUGUUCGGCUAUUGGCCUCUUCAUGACUAUAUUGGUUAUAGCGUUACCUAAAUUCUUCGCUAAUUUUUACAGUUUUGCAGUUCAGCUCUUGUUUUGGAUCGCAUUCUGUCUGUAUACACUAACAUACUUGAUUAUAUGUGUCGUUGCGAAAAUAAAAUUAGAUAAUGAAUCAGAAAAGAGAACGAAGGGAGACAAAGGAGGAGCGGAGGCUUCUGCAUUUAUUAUCAACGUCAUCUUCAUCCCUUUCAUCGCAAUUUUCUCGAUUAUUCUGCUCUUCUCCAUGCUGGCCACCUUCCUCAUCUUUCGGAUGACUCUCUUUGCAUAUAAAAAUCGUUGA